AUGCCCAAAACAACAUCGAAGCCUCAGACGACCGGCCGGUUAAAUGAUUUAGACAUCUCAGAUGAUGCAAACGACUCAGACAACCCGAACAACCCACACGUUUCACACGGAGCAUUCUACUCAGACGACUCUAACGACUUAGAUGACUUUAAGUAUCCAUACGCCCUAGACGAAUCUAACGGAUUCAACGAUUCGGAAACGUCAGUAGACACAGAUGACUUAGGCAACUCAGACGUCUCUGAAAAGUAA